CACGUUAUGAUAUGCAAGGUUAAAAAUACAAAAACAAAGCCCACGCUCAAGUGGUCUGUGGACAAGAAACCACUAUCUAACGGACAAUUUGAUAAUCAAACUGGAUCAGGCACACUUGUAAUGAAAAAGUUUACAAAUGAAGAUAAAGGACUUUACAAAGCUGUGGUAAAAGAUAGCAGGGGAGACGACACGACUGAAAUGGAUCUUACCAGAGAAGGUAUUGAAGAUAUAAUGCAGGACAUUUGUAGAAUAAGUGCAAUGUCUGCCUCCCCACUGAAAGGUAAAGGCACAGCUGACGGAAUUAAGAUUUACAGCGAUGUGAAAUAUUUCAUGGAGAGCAUGAAUCCUGUGUGGCACCACAAAGAUAAGAAAGUGGAGUUUACUAGAGAGGUUGAAAAAGAAGAAGACAAUGAAGAUGACAAACAUGAUAUCAGUGAUACCUUUUCAGAGCCAGGUUAUGAAAAUGAUUAUGUUGAAGAUUUGAAAGGAAUAACUGCUGUGUCAUUGAGGAAAAGACGAACGCGAAGGUAUUUGUGGGAAUAUAGCGAGCAAUUAAUGCCUUCUCAACAUGAAGGGAUGCUGAGACUGUCUGAAUGGGACAGAGACACGCUUCCCAGUAAUAUGUACCAGAAGAAUGGUCUGCAUCACGACAAGUACACUGUGAAGAAAUCUCGCAGGACAGAUGUGGAAGACAUGACUCCAAAUCCAAGAAAACUUCUGCAGAUUGGUGGUGAACUGCGUAAACUGAAUAAAGUAAUCAGUGACCUAACACCCGUAUCGGAGCUUCCUGUCACUGCCAGGCCGCGAUCUCGUAAGGAGAAAAACAAGCUGGCUUCCAGAGCUUGCCGUCUAAAAAAGAAAGCCCAGUAUGAAGCCAAUAAAGUGAAGCUGUGGGGCCUGAAUACGGAAUAUGAUAAUUUGCUGUUUGUGAUCAAUUUCAUAAAACAAGAGAUAAUGACACAAAUACAAAUCCCCUGGGUGAAAUGGGCUUUGGAUUCUCUCCGGUACUACCUUGUGGGUAGACCGUUUGAACUGGUGACGGAUCAUGCCCUAUUGAAGGAGGGCACAGACCAAAAAUUUAAAGGCACGGAUUGAAGAUUUAAAUGA